UUUUUUGUAUUUAUAUAUCAAGUAGAAUUGAGAUCGAAACUCAUAUCAACAAGGUUUUCCUUCUUCAAUGCCAAGAGAGUAGACCCAAACGAACAAUUUGAAAGAAUUACAGAUGAGUUCUACGAGCAGAGCAUGGAUUGUGGCGGCCAGCGUUGGAGCAGUUGAGGCACUGAAAGACCAAGGCAUCUGUAGAUGGAAUUACACUCUCAGGUGUCUCCACCAGCACGCCAAGAACAAUAUCCCAUCGUUCUCUCAAGCUGCCAGGAACAUCUCUUCCUCUUCUUCAGCCAUGGCAAUGGCGAGUAGGAAGGCCAUGAGAGACCAGCAGCAGCAGAUGAAGCAAUCUGAAGAGUCGCUGAGAAAAGUUAUGUACUUGAGUUGCUGGGGUCCCAAUUGAUGAAGUCGUUUAAUUUACUCAAAGCAAUGUAGAAAAUGUAUAUAUGAUAAUUCUCUUACAUCAAUACAAGCACAGGAUCCUAAUCUCAGUAUCUUCAAAGGUUUUCUGAA